AUGGAAAACUUUGAACAAGGAGAUGUUAUAAUCGGGCCAAGCAGCAAAGGCAACAAUCACCUAACAUUUACUUGGAAGGUCUCAAAUAAAGUUUUCCAGCACAUUGAUGUAAAAGAGGAAGAUAAAGCCAAUGCGGUAAGUCCCGGAAAACGACUUUGGAUCGAAUCGGAAUGUUUUGGUGACCUCGACGGGAUUAUCGCCAGACACGAGACCCCAAUGGCAGGCUUCGUACGAGAAGUAAUGAGAUUCAAAUAUUUCAAAAAACUCGCCGUAAAAUUAAAAAUUUAUGUUUUCUUUUUUUCCAAAUAUAAGCGUCAAGCGUAUGUGACAGUUACUUGCGACGGAAUGAGAUACAGAGGACAAAAAUUUAGCAACAUCAACAAUUUGGUUAAUUGGUCCAAAUUACAUUUCAAUGACGCUGUAACUGCAAACCAGCAGAUGAAUCCAGUGACUUCCCAAGACCAAUCAAUCGGAUCUACUAGAUAUAAUGCCCAUCUUUUAGGAUGUACCGGAUAUAAUGCACCCUCCACACGUUCUAUAUUGUGA